GUACUUGUUUCUUGUUUUGUUCCGAUCAGACGCCGGUUUCUUUUGUGUUUUAGUGCAAGGCGCAAAGUUGCAAACUCAGCGAACCAGUUCCGCGGGAACCAUUCCAGAACCACGUGCUCGCACCACCAUGGACAGCCACCGGUCCACCGGCACCAACGGCGUCCUCGAGGGGCUCAUCCUGCGCGCCGAGGAGGUGCUCGGCAAAAUGCUGCUCAAGCUGCAGCGCACCCGGAUGCCGCUGGAGGAAAAGGUCCGGAUGAUCAACGCCCUGCACGCGUUCGUUGAGCAGUGGGAGGGCGCGCUGGCGGACGUGAAGCUUCCGCCGGAACUGCAGCAGCUGGGGCAAUCGCCACCGAGCAAGCCGAAAAGUCACGGCGAUGAGAUUAUGGACGUGAUGCAGAAGCUGGGACUGAACGGGGACGAUGGGGGAGGAGGACGGUCGGUGAAGAAUGGCGGGCGGAGUGUGGUGGCCGUGCCGGUUCCGCAGGAGGAGGCCGAACCGGUGUUUGAGGUGUUGGAGCAGUCGCUGAAGGAAUACUCCCCGGGCCAGCCGGGAACCUGCUUCGUAACGUACACCUGUCCCGGCAGCCGGCGCUUCUUCAUGAUGGACCGAACGGACCGCGACGAGGCGGAUCGCACCGAUCGCCUGCUGGCCAGCCUGCAGAACGUAACGAACCGCCGGGAGGACCUGCCGGACUCAGCGCGGCGCAUCUUCGGCGUCGAGGUUAAGGGCGAAACGUUCCGGGCGGUGCGCAGUCGGAGCGAACCGGCCUGGCUGUGGCUGCUGGACACGGGCGCCGUGCUGCCGUACGAGGAAUCGAUGCUGCUGUUUGAACUGCCGGAUUUCUACCGCAGGCAGGAACCACUCGCCAGGUGUUGCGAGCUGGUGGACGUGACGGAUCGGAAGUUCCGCGGCGGGGAUUUGGCGAGGUUCCUGGAGGUGAAUCUGUUUUGCGGGAGGGAGUUUGAGGUGGUGCGGGUUCGGGGGAAGGUACUGCACGUGAACCUGGGCAGGGCAGUGGCGCGGAAGAGGAACGGAGUGGUGAAGAAGGUCAGAGAGGAACCGACCGCGGAGUAUCGGAUCUCGGAGAAAACACUGACUCAGGAGCAGUUGGACGUGCUGUACGAGGAACCGCUGGGUACGACGAACGCCAUGAAGGCCACGAUGGGCUACAUUCCGAAGGACGACACCCGUAUUUGUCCGCACUACGAACCGGCGCUCGAGGGUUGCUUCAAGGGUUCGCGCUGCAAGCUGCUGCACGUGGCCAAAGAUCCGGACGGGUGGACCCGCGACCAGACGCUGCACAAGGUCAAGAUCCGGGCCCAGCUGAACGAGCCCAAGGUCGGUUCCGUGGUGCACAUGAUUCCGACGACCAUCGUCAACGUGGAGGAGUUUUACGCCCAUCUGGACGUGACGGAGAAUGGCACCAAGCUGACCGAGAUGCAGGCCCUGCUGAAUGACCCCCGGAACGUGAAGACGUUCCGUCCCCUGGACCACAAGCCUUACACCCGCGAGUACGUGAUUGCGCGCUACGCCGAGGACGGCCAGUGGUACCGGGCCGAGGUUCUGGACUACUUCCACGACGGGCUGGUCGUCGUGUUGUACCUGGACUAUGGGAACCAGGAGCGACUGGGGAUGGCCGAUUUGCGCACCUGGGACGACCGGUUCGAUUAUCUGCCCUUCCAGGCGGUCCACUGCCGGCUUGCGAACGUGACCCGGAAGCGUGGCGGGGAAGGAGAGGAGGAGGAGGAGGCGGAGGAUAUCCAGGGGACACUUGCCCUGCGGGAGGUUAUUUACGAUAAGCGGGUCGCGGUGAAAGUUCUGGACGUCCGGUCGUACUGGGAAGUGCUGGUGUACGAUGGCUGCGGAAUCGACGUCGGGGAGUUUCUGGUCAACCGGAAGGUAGCCCUGCCGAGGAAUCCGAUUGUGAUAGAUGAUGCCGAGGCGUGGGUGCCGGCGUAGGAGAUUUUAAAAAUGUGUUCGUUGUGAUCAAAUCAAGACCAAAUUUUAAAAUACUUGUUGUGAAAAUUCAUAUUGCUGUAAAAAACUUAAAUUUUGUUUUAUUGUAAGAAUUAUAAAUAAUAUAUUAAGGUAUUUUUUGUCAUAAAAGUUAUACUGUUAUUCUUUUUAUCACAAUUCUCAAAACACCGUCAGUCAAACUUGGCUUCCUU